UAAGUUUUCUAAUAUUUAUACCGCAGUGAAUAUUGAUAACAUGGCGGACGCAGACUCUCUACACGACAUCGACACGAGCUCAGACUUGGAUGCCGAUACUAGAGCCAUUGACGCCGAUGCAGAAAGCGAAGAGCAAACUGAGGACAACCAAGAUGCCACAGCAAGGAAAAAGAGUAAGAAGAAACGAAGGAAACCAAGAGACCUUGAACGCUCAAGUGGUGAUUCUGACACACAAUUGGCCAGUGAUGAAGUGGAUAGGAGGAAUCUGUGCUCUAUGUUAGGCACAAGUGCUAGGCGAGGUAGCAAAGAAGUUAGCAGUGAUCGCUCACAGUCAGGAAUGGAAGCAGACUCAGAAAGCCAGGGUUCUUAUGAUUCAAAGAAAUUAACACUAGAGAGGGGUUUGGAUGUUGGUGAUAUGGAGGAUGAUAAAAAUGAUAACCAGGCUCAGAGUGGUUCAGCCUUCAGCAACCUUGCUCAGAUCCAGAAAGCAGUGGAGCUAUUGUCAUUGCAGCCCUCUGCACCAAAAAGCUUGGAAGAGGCAAAAAAGAAGAAAUUUCACUUCUGGGAAACACAGCCAGUACCUAGAUUUGAUGAAGUUAUUCAGUGCAAUGCAGAAAUUGAACCAGACAAACCUGUCGGAGAGAUCCGAUCAGAACCACUCUCUCUGCCAUCAGGCUUUACAUGGGAUACUUUAGACAUUGGAGACCCACUUAUUCUAAAGGAACUCUACACAUUGCUGAAUGAAAACUAUGUAGAAGAUGAUGACAACAUGUUCCGAUUUGAUUAUUCACCAGAGUUUUUGCAAUGGGCACUUCAGCCCCCUGGUUGGUUACGAACAUGGCAUUGUGGGGUGCGAGUUAUCAAGAGCAAGAAGCUAGUGGGCUUUAUCAGUGCUGUGCCAGCAAACAUCAAAAUCUAUAAUCGAACAAAAAAGAUGGUAGAAAUCAACUUUUUAUGUGUUCACAAAAAGCUGAGAUCAAAACGGGUAGCUCCUGUAUUGAUUAAGGAGAUCACAAGACGUGUACACCAACAAGGGCUUUUUCAGGCUGUUUAUACUGCUGGAGUGGUUUUGCCAAAACCAGUGGCUUCUUGCAGAUAUUGGCACAGAUCUUUGAACCCCCGAAAGCUUAUUGAAGUGAAAUUUUCACAUUUGAGCAGAAACAUGACUAUGCAGCGUACACUGAAAUUAUACAAACUUCCUGAUACUCCACGAACACCUGGUUUUAGAAGAUUCACUCCAGCAGAUGUGGCUGAUGCAUACAAACUGCUGGCACAGUACAUGCAAAAGUUUGAUUUGGCACCAGUAUUUUCAAAGGAAGAGUUUCGGCACUGGUUCAUUCCAAGAGAAAACAUUGUUGAUAGUUAUGUCGUUGAGCGGGAUGGAGAAAUCACAGAUUUUGUGAGUUUUUAUACACUACCAUCCACUGUGAUGCACCAUCCCACGCACAAACUGUUGAAAGCGGCAUACUCUUUCUACAAUGUUUCUGGGGCCACCCCAUGGGUUGACCUUAUGCAGGAUGCUCUCAUCGUGGCUAAAAAUAUGGGAUUUGAUGUGUUCAAUGCUCUUGAUCUUAUGGAUAAUAAGGAGUUUCUGGAAAAGCUCAAAUUUGGUGUUGGUGAUGGCUUUCUGCAGUAUUAUCUAUACAACUGGCGAUGUCCUUCCAUGGACACACACAAGGUGGGACUGGUGCUACAGUGAAGAAACUGUGUAGGAUGAGCUUCUGUGUAAGACAUGCUUCUCACCUGCUUCCCUCCAUCCUCAUUGUGUGGAUUUCAUUGUGAAGUGGUUUUUUUUUUUCUAAAUCAUGGAUGGUUUACUGAGUAUGCAUAUAUAAGUGAGGGGAAAAGUUGAGAGAAUGAGCAUACAUACACGUUUUACAUAUAUGCAUGUAUGGGCAUAUCUGAACCAUGGGAAUAUGAGUGCCUAUUUGCUUGUUCAGCUUCCAUCAGUGAACAGUUUCAUUUCUAGAAAGAUUUUUCAAUCCAUUCAUCAGCGUCCUAAGAGAUUGCUGAAUCAGGCAGUUUUAUUUAUUUUUUUUUUUUUUUAUAAACUACCAUACCUUGUCAAGAUAUCAAACUUUUUGGGUAAUUUUUACCUGUGCAUAAACAGUGCUUGCACUCUUAAACUAUUUUCAGCUUUACAAGAAGUGAUCUUUUGUCUUGAUAUCACCAGAAAAGGCAUAGCAAGCUUCAUUUCUGUGUCAAUUAACAGUACAAUGAUUAUUUUGUUGGAAGAAGCAUCCAUUCUAAAGUUUAGUUGUUAAACAGUAAUAGGAUUUCACCUAGAUCAAUAGAAACUGUUGUUUGCUCAAAAAUUGAUGGUAUCAUGCAUCUAUCUUUAAAAUUCAAAAAUUAAGUGGUUCUCUUCUUUGAUACAGAAAGCUGUUUUUCAAUGCUUGAAUGGGCUUGCCUUACUCCUAUUUGUGUGUGUGUUAAGGUAGUGAGUCAGGAGGAGUGUUAUUGUGCCAAGCUACUUUUGAUUUUUUUUUUUAAAUUUUAACCUUAUCUCCUUCCGUUUAUUAAAUGAGGGAAAGCCAGCAGUUUUUCAGACUUUGCGUGUGAUACGUGUGCUUUGCAUGGUGUAGAGCUGGAAGGGAAGAACCAAAAUGCAAGAUGGCUGCAUUGCUUUGGAAGCCCAAGCAACAUGUAAGGUGAUGUGAAAAUUCUAUGUAUGGCAGAUUUAUGAUGGUACUUGCAAAGUUGUUUGUUGUCUUCUGUUUAUAGGAGACUCAUCCAAGUUAUUUUUAUUGAACAGAUUGAUUUCCUUCAUAUCCUUGUAGGAAACUUUCAAGAAACACAGUCCAGUUACCAUGUGGAAACCAUUUAAAUUUAUUUCCUUUUUUGUGUGUUCGUGUGAUCUAGACAUUAAAUUUUUCUCAUAUGUUCAAAGCUUGGAUUAAAGAAGAGGCUUUUCCUCUGCAUCUGCUUGGUACUUAAAGAGUAAACAAUUAUUUAGAAGGAAAUUCUGUUGAACAUCAGUGCAUUUUUUUUUAUUUGGGGUUGGGGGAAUUGAGGAUGUUUUAUUUACCCUCUUAGUGCCUAGAACAGUGGUUCUUAACCUUGUUUGAGGUACCGAACCCACAAGUUUCAUAUGCACAUUCACCGAACCCUUCUUAAGUGUCAUUACGAAUUGCGGGUGUGUGUUGACCUCCAUGGCGGAGGCUCCGCCAAACCCUGAGACCGACUCACUGAACCCCUAGGGUUCGAUCGAACCCGGUUAAGAACCACUGGCCUAGAAUAAAUACCUCAUGAUAUGAAGAGUUUUGAAACUGACUUCAGAGGCAGUGCUGGUGUGAAAAACUUUCUUAGUAAAACAAUGAAUAAGAUGCUUUAAUUCUGGUAAAAUUGUAAGGUGUAGCAAGCUCCUAAGAUAUUCUUGUAGUCAGUCACCUGCAAUGGCUGUAUUACAGCAUCUUCAAGGUUGUGAAACCUUGCAUGCAUUGACUAGCUGCAGAACUUUUUCUGUGCAAGAUUAACAAAAAAUUAGAAGGUUCUGUACCAGGAUUUUAUUUUAUCAUUUCUACCAUGCUAAAUCCUCAAGAGCUUUAUCCAUUCAAAAACUCAUGCAUACAUGUAAACACGUGUGCAUAUAUAUGUAUACACACACAAGCAGAUUUGUUAACACUCUUAUGUAAUUAAAUUAGACAAUAAUUUAGUCUUAAUUUUUCUUCCGUAUCUUUAUUUUUACCUUGCCAAUAUGUUUUACGUAUUCAGUUUCAAAGCACAUAGUUUUAUCGUUUCCAAAACAGGCCUGGCUUUGCAAAAAUCCUUUUUUUUCUGAUUGUUCUUAUUAUUUGAGAUUCUGGGAAAAUUUGUACUCCCUAUAGUCUUUAGAUUAGCUUGUAGUCAGUACCAAAAAUACAGCAUGCAUAUGGGUUAGGGUUAGGGUUAUCGAUAUAAAUGGAAGAUGGUAACAUGAAGCUGGCUGUAAGAAAAUUAUUAUUAUCCUAAGUUAUUUCAACCUCAUUGACCAGUGUUGCUGAGUAAAGAAUGCUAACCUGGAAUAUUUUAUGAUCAAAAUUAUGCUGUAUGCUUAUUGCCCCCCUGCCCUCUAUACAAAACUUCAACUGCCAUCAUUCAGUGCACAAGAGUAGUUUGUUUUUUAGGGGGAAGUUUUGGGGGUUGGGAUCUUUUCUUAAGAAACACUUGUUGCUUAGUUAUGAAGGAAAAAAAUGGUGAAAGUAUUUCUGUUAUGAACAAAAUCAAAGAGUAUUUUGUCAGCAAGAAUGCAAUAGAAUGAAAGCCAGCAUGUGAAUGAAUGUGUAUGGAACUAGAUAAUUUGAACAGGAUUUUAAAUAUUGCAUGACUUUGUUGGAAACAGAUUCAAUCUUUCACAAUGCAAGAUUUGACAGCUGAUAUAGAUGAUGGCAAAAAGCACUUUUGUCUUUUGCUAUUAGCAUUUUUUCUCAUUAGAACCCUUGACUUAAAUGAUUAGGAUUGUGUUUGGACUGAUUCAGCAAUUUUAUAUUUUGUUUUACUUUUUUUUUUUAAAGAUAUGUUGUAAGUCCCAAUUAUAUAUGACUUCUGAAGUGCAUGGUGUGCUUAGACAUAGUGGCAAUCUAGGAUGAACGGAGAAAUGCUAUCAGGUGAUGUUAACGUGUAUGGACAUGGAAGUUUGUGAAAUGACAUGAAGUUGCCAGUACAAAGUAAAGGUGAAGAUCUGCCAGCCAUAUUAUUCACUCUGUGCCAUGGUUUUUCAUACAACAGCCAGUUGAGCAUGCAGGAAGUGGCCCUGGUCUGCAUAUUUAUAUUGUAGUUCUGAAGGGCAUAAAGUUGACAGUUUCGUGGAAAGCAGGAGCUCACUAAUCAAAAUUUUUAUAAUAAUAUGAUGUCUUGAAAUGUUGGAGAACCUUAUUAAACACAGCAAAGAGUUACAGACAUCACACAACAUCCUGCAGGGUUGCAAGCUUAAGAGCAAGGUACUUCGAUGAAUUUUUAAAAUAUUGAAAACUUGCUAGCUCUGAUGGUUGAUGUUUUUGAUAAAAAGUUUAAUCAUCCCACACUAAAGGUUUCAACUAGUCUUCAAGUUGAAGACUAUCAGAGAUGCUCCUGAUCUCUUGACCUGUCAUCAGAAGUACAGCAAAGCAUGAAGGAAACAAUUAUCAGCGACAAACAUUUUGGCUGGUACUAUUUCACUUUUGUUAAGAAAUUGAUAUCAUCUGCCAGGUUUAUGUAAUUUGUUUAAGGUCCUUCCAUGAGAGUGUUCUCACUGAUGUGGUAUUUAUGUUUUCUAUAACAUAUUAAAGAACAUUUAAAAGAA